AGGGAUGUUGUCUGAAGUUUAUAGAAUAAAAACAAUGUUUAUUUUACUCAAACAUAAACCUUGAAAUAGCAAAAAUCAGAUAAAUUGAUUCAGAAACUGAAGUGGUCUCAUAGUUUUAAUUGUGACCGGAAAGUGGCGUCGUUCUGCGUUUGUUCACUUCCUGAAUUAUAUAACUCGUGCUCGGGGCGACACCUGGUGGUGGGGUCGGGUCGGUGCAGGCGGCCGGUCUGUAUCCUCUCCUGUAGAUGUCAGUGUUUGAUCUGAGCGCAGUUUAACAGCCGACCCAGGAAACACCAGCAGAUUCAGCAGCAGAAGAACCUUCGGCUCCAUCAGCUCAGCGGAUCUGCUCCACUACUGCCCCUUUACACCGCCUUACAGGGGCUACAACUGCCCCAACUCCCCUACCCUCCCCUUCUGGUCCUUCUGCCUGUAUUGAUACUAUCUCUGUGUGAUGAGCGUGCGCGUGCCAGCUCUUCUUCCGCAUGGGUGUCUGAUCCUCCUCCUCACCUGCAUGCUUUCGGUUCUUCUCCUCCAUCUGAAGCCCUCAGCUCCAUCUGACCUCCACCUCCACCCUCACCUCCUCCACCAUGACCAGCAGUGCUGAAGAAGACCCCCACCCCCCAGCUUCACCUGCCUUACCUGCUUCUCCAGCCUCACCUGCCUCCCGCGAGGACAUCCUGCACACCUACGUGACGCACUACCGCUCAGAGUGGACCGAGGGCAGGUGCGGACAGGUGUGCGCGGACAGGCAGGUGAGGGCGCGAGCCCGGGAGGUUCUGCUGAGGGAGGGAGCAGAGGGCAGGUUCUCCCUGCUGCCCUUCUUCUACCCAGCUGUGACCCAGUGCCUCCAGCGAGGAGCUCCACUCACCUCCACCUGUCUCUCCCAGUUUAUGAAGGCCACGGAGCUGCUGGAGAUGAUGUGCGUCAACCUGUUCCUCUUCCCCUGGAAGAAGGAGAUCAGAACUCUGAAGAAAUUCACUGGACACUUUGUCUACUACAUCGAUCCAGGACUUCCAAACCCAAUGACUCGGAAUAUUCUUCAGAGCAUCGGCUACACCCUGGAGACGGACACUGAGUACAUACUGGUGGACGAUGUCGAUCCGGACGUGGCAAAGCAAAUGGGCUUUGAGCUUUUUCUCGCCAGGUUAGAGUGCGAGUACCUUCUGGAGGCCAUGCAGCAGAAGUCCCACUCUGAGUGUAUGGAGAUCAUCCACAACAGAGCUACCUGUCCUAAUGUUUUGGCAGGUUCUGUGAUUUCUCCUGAGGAGGAGGAUAGUCAGAGUCAGAGUGUUGAUCAUCAUGAUACGAGACAAGAGGUUCUGGAGGACAUUGAACCACUAAGUUCUGGUCCCAAGUCCAAUCCCACCACGACUGAGGAGCAGGAAUGCCUUCAGAGCCUGAAGCCGUCCUCCACCCUGGAGAUGGUCCAAGAGGUCCAGGAGGUCCAGGAGAACACAGUUCCAGAGGAGGGACGGUCUUCCCGGUCUUCCCAGUCCUUCAUGAGUGAAGACCGGUCCAUCCUGGAGAUGCAGGAGAAUUAUCCAGACCUGGCUUUCCGCCAGAAGCCCAUUUUCCGUAAAUCUCAGAAAUCAACACAACCUCCUAAAGUGAACGAGUGGACCAGAUGUGCAGAACCAGCACCAGUUCUGCUGCACCCGACAAACACUGACCUGAGCGGACCACAGUCUAUCGCUAUGCACGUGGAACCGGCUGUGACUCACAGGAAACUACAAAUUCCAGAGAAACUAGAGUCCACAGAGCCUCAGACUGCAGAAGAAAAGCCGCCACUGGUUCUUCGUGUUGGAUCCAUGCUGCAGAACCCGGGAUUCAGCCCGGAUUCUUCUCCGGAUGAUGGUUUGGUGACGGAGCUGGCGGAGAGGAUGUGUAAACUGCAGAUGAAGGAUUUCAGCGCAGACGAGCCCCUCAAAUACCCCAUCGAGGAGACGGCUCAGGCCGAGCAGUGCGUGGGUUGCCAGGAAUUCAUCCCGAUAUCCCCCCUGCGCUCCCCGGAGGAGUCCAACCCUCUGGUGGUGUGCCGGCCGACCCAGCAGCCCAUGUGCACCAUCGCCGGCUGCGGGCGCUGUUCAGGACCCAGCUCAGACCUGGAUCAGAACGACUCCAUUAAAGAACCUCCACAUUCCUUUUAUAUUCCAAACUGUCUGAGUGCAGCCAGCUCCGCCCUGGCUCCCCCUACAGGCCACAAUCAGAACUGCGGCGAAACCUCCAGCCUGCGGAUCCACAGGAGCCCAACUCAGCAGCCUGAGGACGACCUGCUGCAGACCUACGUUAUGCUGUGAUACGGGUUCUGCUCCUGCAACAUCUCAAACAUCUCUGCGAAAUUCAGCGAACUUUGCGUAAUUGCAUUCAACACGUUUUCAUUUUCUUCGUUAAGCGAUAGUUCGUAAACACUUCCAACAAUUACGUACAAUCUUUAAAAAAAUAAUAAUAAAUAAAGGUGCUACAAAAGGUUCUGUGAGCAGUACCACUUUUAAUAUAAUAAAAAAGUAGGAAUGUUUGACCAAAAUAUGAAUAUUUUUGGACCAAAGGACCUGUCACAUAAAAAAAAAAAUUGUGGAGGAUAUAUCAUCACAGAAAUUAUUGCAAUAAAUGGCUAAAAUGCUGUUCACUCUUUUAUAUAAAGCUCUGGGGAAAAACAAAUAAGAGACCACUUAAAAAUUAUGUUUUUGUUUGAUUUUACCAAAUUGAAAACCUCAAACCAAGCUGAACGGCUACUCCAGGAGUGAAGGCAUAAAGUUAUCUAAAAGCAGUGUGUAAGACUGGUGGAGGAGAACAUGAUGCCAAAAUGCAUUAAAAAACUGUGAUUAAAAAAACUUAAAACUUUAUGAAUAUUAACUUAAAAGUUCAGAAAGUUCUACAUCCCUUUUAUUAUUUCAGCCAUUUCAUAUUUUCUGCAAAUAAAUGCUCUAAAUGACAAUAUUUCUAUUUGGAAUUUGGGAGAAAUGUUGUCUGUAGUUUAUAGAAUAAAACAACAAUGUUCAUUUUACUCAAACAUAAACCUAUAAAUAGCAAAAUCAGAGAAACUGAUUCAGAAACUGAAGUGGUCUCUUAAUUUUAGUUUUUCCAGAGUUGUAUAUGAACAAACAUACAAAUAAACUCAAUAGACCAUAUCAGAGUCUGGUCUGGAUUUCAGUUAUAAAAAUGCCUUAAUAUAAAGAAAAGUUCUUUACCGAUUUCAAGGUUCUUCCUGCUUUUACUUGGUUUUUUAUAAAAGCAACAUUUUUUAGUGUACUUCAUUUUUUAAGAAUCAUUUGUAGCACCUUUAUCAUUAAGUUCGGUAAGUCAAGAUGUGUUUCGGUGUCUGAAAUUUAUUUCUAUAGUUAUUCAAGCAUUGGAGCUACGAGGCUAAUGUAGCAUAGAAAUUAACAUCUAUUUGCAUCAAUUAGCAUGAUGCUAACUGCUAUAUAUAAUAUAUAUAUACCGUAUUUUCCGCACUAUAAGGCCCAAAAAUUUGAGGGUGCACCUUAUGAUCCAAUGCAGUAAUGUCACUGCGUUGAAGUACAGCGUUAUACAAGAGUUUUCAGUGACGUUUUUCCAGCACCAAGGCUGGAGCAGCAUUAGCAUUAGCCGCUAACCUCAGUGCUAGCUCUUUCACCGUUCAGAGGCGAGUAUAUCAGACUGUUUGCCAUGUUAAAACAAGCCACGUGGGACAAACCUCUAGCUGAUAGCGUCCUUGGUUACUGGAACAGUCAGGGUUCCUCAGUGUAGCGCUAUCGGGCGGCAUUUAUUAGCACUAAGCGCUGCUGCUAACUGUGCUGUUGAAAAUAUUGGAAAUCUAAGCUCACUAUAGAUAAACAGAAACCUUUAACUUGCCCAAAGGAGAGAAAUCUGUGUAGAUUAAAAUCCAGUGUUCGUUAGAGAAGAAUUCUUUUUUUUAAGAAUUAGUUUUGUGAAAACAUGCCGACACUACAUACUAGUGUCGCUUAAAAUGCACUUUAUAAUCUGGUGCGCCUUAUGUAUAAAAAAUAGACCAGAAAAUAGACUUUUUCAUUGAUCGUGCGCCUUAUCUGUAAAAUUCAAUUCAUGUUAGCUCGCUACAUUAGCCUCGUCGCUCCUGUAUAAAACUGACAGCUAAUUUUCAGACACCAAACUAAUCUUAGCUGAUUCUGAUUGGUUCUGGGGACACUCUUAUCAACUGUGUAUUUUUAUUUUUUUUUAAACUUAUACUUAAAAAAAAAAAAAACUUUAAAUUUGGAUUUAGUGCUGUAAACUACAAAAAAAUAAUCUUUCAUUUUGCUUGUUUUUUAUUUUUGUAAUAGAAAUGGGGUUUAUUAAUUCAAUACUUGAAGAUUAAUAAGUAAAAGUACUACUGACUAUUACUAUAUUACGCACCACAAUUAUGAGCAAACUGAUCAUAUAGCUACUACCAACUGUAUAACUGUAACAUGAAGAACCUUAAAAAUAUAUAUUUUAUUUGAAUUUUGUUUUUUUAUUAUUUUAUUUUUAUCCCAUUUCUCCCAUUUCUGUAGCAUUGCCGAGUAGCAUCACAGCCCUAACGCUCGGAGGAAAGCGCAGCGACUCUGUGGUUCUGAUAAAUCAGCUCACACAUGCAGCCUUGUGCUGAUCCACAUCAACCAAGGAGUGAUGAGGUGAAAGAGAGUGAGUCAUCUACUGUACCCACCCAGAGAGAGAGAGAGAGAGCAAGACCAACUGUGCUCUCUCAGUGCUCUGACAGCUGAUGGCAAGCUGCAUGAUCUGGAUUCGAACUAGCGAUCUCCCUAUCAUAGUGGCAGCACUUUAAUCUGCUGGACCAUUAGGAGCCCCUUGUUUUUGUUUUUUUUUUAUAUAUAGAUUUUUUAAUAUCUCAGUUUCUCAGGUGAAGGAAAAUUAUUAUAAUGUUUAUUAUUCAUCAUUUUAUGUUCUGAAGGGUUUCUGCUUCUGUGCCUUACUUGAUAAAAGCAACAUUUGCACUUUUGCACUAUAGAGCUUCUGAAAAGAUUGUGUUUGAAUUAAAUAGUGUGUAUAUAUAUAUAUAUAUAUAUAUAUAUAUAUAUAUAUAUAUAUAUAUAUAUAUAUAUAUAUAUGUACACAUUACAUAUACGCUCAUUGAUAAAGAAAUAGUUGCACCCAAAGGAAGAGUGGGAUGGUAAUGUUCGUCAGAAGAUAGAAGUUACCUUACCAUGCGUAAAAGCAAAAAGACGCAUGAAUCCGAAUUUGACCGUUCACAUUCAUAUCGCAUGUCCAUGGAUCGGAUAUGUAUCUGUUUAGGACUACAUAUGAAAUGACUCAAAUCUGAUUUGAAAAAAUAGGAUUUGGCACGUUCACACAGCCAUGAAAAAAAUCAGAUCAAAGUGCCUGUAAUAAAGACUAAUGGUGAUCUGGCAUCGUAUGAAAUUCCACCUCUUUCUCCUGAUUCCUUCUGGGUCCAACUAUUUUUUUUUUUUUUCGGACAAUGAGUGUUAUAAUGUGUGCAAGUAUGAAUUUGUGCUGCUUUUUCUUUUUUCUUUUUUUUACAUAAAGUAUUAGAUAUACAAGAAAAUGUAAAUUUAAUUAAAUAUAGUUAUAAUGAAAAAGUUGACAAGACAAUGUAUUCAGCUUUUUGUUUAUGAAAAUCAAAAUGAAAAUGACUCGUACAAAACACACUUCACAAUCAACCAACCAACCAAUCAAUCGAUUAAUCAAUCAGUGGAGAAAUGGUGUUUUAUCAGCAAUGGAUUCUCUUGGUCCACAAAUCACAAGUGCCAUUCUUAAUAAUAACUGUUACUUUUUACACAUCAUACAAAUAAAAUGAUUAUUUUAAA